GUAGUUGGCCAUGUACUGCUUUAAAACCUGCUAGAGUCCAAUUUCCUAGCUUCUGACCAUUAAAAUGGAUGAAGAUAAUCCUGCCAACGUUCCUAUUUGGGGUCACUGGAAACAGUGCACUUAUGAUUGGAAUAUUCUCAAACCCAGCAGCGACUUGAUCCGCUAAUUCAUAUUCAUCUGGAACACCACGAGGAACACCUAUAGCAUCAAUGUAAGUGGGAUCAUUCUCCAACCAUGGUGCUGAGCUUUUACUGAGGUGCCAAUCACCUGCAUAAAGGCUAGAUAGUCUGUGCACGAGAUCUCCUGUCGAGGUAGGAAAGACAGAAACUGGCAACAGUAAAAUCACCAGAGCACAAACACCUGUGACAUUUAUAGGCAUCUUGUCAUAAAGGUUAUCAGCGCCACACCACCACCAAACAUCUCCUCUGGACACUGGUCUAAAAUACUGAUCAACUGCAACAGAGAAGAUAUUCAAUGACAAAUUAGCUAAAUUCUACGGAGCCCCUGACCUGACAUGUUUAAAAAAAAAUAUUAUUUUGUUCCCACAAGUUAUUAUUUCGUUCCCACAAGUUAUUAUUUCGUUCCCACGAAUUAAUUAUUUCGUUCGAACAAAAUAAUUAAGAUCUUUAAAAUCAAAAAAAUCAUAAAAAGAGACUCUUUAUCCGGACGGACCGGAAAUUAUUACCGGAAGUUGCUACGGAAUCUAAAAGGCAGUGCACCGCGGUACUAUUUUUAAUGAAGAAAGUGUAUUUACAACUUAAGGAUAUCUUUUAUCUUUUAAUAUCUGGAUGGUUCCCACAAUUUUAAAUUUGAACAAAGGAUAGGGAUAAUUUAAUUAAGGUGUAUUUCCAAAUGGGAAUGAAUUAUAAAGAGAUUUUGCAGAUCCUGGCAUUACAUGGAAUCAUCAUUUCGGAGAGACAUUUAUACAGACUUUUGAGAGGAAUGAGACUGGAAAGGCGGAGGUAUGACUUGGAUGAAGCUAUCGAUUUCAUAGUUGAGCAACUGCAAGGCGAUGGACAGGAUCACGGAUACAGGUGGAUGUAUACGAAAUGUAAACAACGGGGUAUCCGUGUACGAAAAGAAGACGUGAGGAUUCUUCUCUCUCUUCUUGACCCUGUCGGCUGUCAUGUUCGCCAGAGAAGACGCCUCAGAAGAAGACAUUAUUUUGCUAAAGGUCCAAACUAUGUGUGGCACAUAGAUUCAUACGACAAGUUAAACCCAUAUGGAAUAUGCAUUAAUCGCUGCACUGACGGUUUCUCCCGUAAAAUCAUCUGGCUGCGGCCUGCCUUCACCAAUAGCGACCCCAAAGUUAUCGGGGGGUACUUCCUAGAGGCAGUGGAGCACUGUGAGGGUUGCCCCAGAAUCAUACGAACAGACUUGGGAACCGAAAAUGUUGUGGUGAGAGACAUUCAGCGGUAUCUCCGAAGAGACUGUGAUGAUGACAGAGCAGCAGAAAGAAGUCACAUCACAGGGGCGAGUACCGCCAACCAGAGGAUUGAAAGUUGGUGGGGACUGAUGAGAAAAGAAGGAAUCGAACGGUGGAUCGCGAUGCUGUCAGAGCUAAAGGAUGAUGGCUUUUUCUCUGGAGACUUCUUGGAUAAGGCUUUGUCGCAGUUUUGCUUCAUGCCGAUAAUUCAGGAGGUACUAAAUGACAUCAAAGUGUCUGGAAUGCACACCGCAUAAGACCUUCAAGGAACCAGCACGUGCCCUGUGGGAUACCUAAUGUCAUGUACAUGGCUCCACACCUCUGGGAUGCAGAAGACUUCCUUGUCCCUCUGAAUGACGAUUUGACCAUCUGCAAAAGCAGAUGCACUUUUUUAAGUUCUGUCCCUUGUGAAAUUGAUGCGUUCGAACUUUUUACAAUAACAAUGCAGGAGUCACAUUUACAGUUUCCAUCCACCAUGUCUCAGUCGCUUGAGUUAUAUUUUAAUCUGAGGGAAAACGUUCGUUCACAGAUGACUGAAGACGUUUAAGAACUGGAUGACAAAGAUAAUACUGUAUGGAACACGUUUUGGUAUUUUGCUUACAACUAGAAUUAAAACAAAUAAGCAUCACAUUAGAGACUGGCAAUGACAUUGUUUGUUAUUAGAAAAUGUAUCUAUAGUUAUUAUUUAAUGCAUGUAAUCCAUCAAAAUUUUGUAUUUAAAAGAAAAAAAACAAAACAAAAAAAACAAAAACAAA